AUGCCGAGAAUCCCGCGUCAGCGGCGUCAGCGUCGAGUAUCUCGCCUACCCAGCCGUCUGCGACUUUCCCCCCCUCUUCCUCCAGCUCCGCCUAGCACGGUGACUGCGCCGUCGACUGCUUCUAGCUCCGCCGCACCACCGCCUGCCCAGGAUUCUGGGUGCCCGUUCGAGAAUGACGAUCCUAAGAAGCUUGCGCCGAAGAAGUUUGAAAAUGAGUUUGGGAGACUGGUUAUCGAUGAAGGCAGGAGCCGAUACGUGAGCAAUCGACUUUGGGCAAGCCUUGGGGACGAGAUCGAGGAGCUACAAGAUAUUUUAGAUCACUCCUCAUCCGACGAAGAGGAUGUUCCCUCCCCGGAAUCAUCGCAUUCGGGCUCCCACGACGGCUUUUUGUUCGGUUUCUAUUCGCUAUCGCACUCCCUCCGAGAGUUUCACCCAAAUCUUCCCAAGGUGUCGAUGUUUUGGGAAGCAUACAGAGAAAAUGUUGCGCCGCUGAUAACCAUCGUGCACAAGGGAACUGCUCGGACUUUGUUGGUCGAGGCAGCGCAGAACCCGGACUCUCUGGAUAAGAACAACGAAGCGCUCGUGUUUGCUAUCUACUUGUCGGCUAUUGUCAGCUUGGGACCUGAGCAGUGUAUGGCCCGGUUUGGUGAAGAGCGAAGCACUUUGGUUAAACGAUAUCGCUUUGCUGUUGAACAGGCCUUGUCGAGAGCUGGUCUCCUUAAUACUCAGAGCUUGGUUCUUAUCCAAGCAGCAGUGCUCUUCUUGAUUUGCGUUCGCCGAGAGGAUGACUCGAAGUUUGUCUGGUCUAUGACUUCGGUCAUUCUCCGCCUUGCUCAGGGACUGGGAUUGCACCGAGAUGGCACCAACUUUGCUCUGAAACCAUAUGAGACAGAGAUGCGUCGACGUUUGUGGUGGCAUAUUUGUCUGAUGGAUGUUCGAGCGUCUGAAGAUCAUGGGACCGACCCGCAGAUCAACGAAAGCAUGUACGACACGCGACUUCCGUUGAAUAUUAAUGACGACGAUAUCACGCCUGAAAUGACCGAGGCCCCGAUUGAACGCGAGGGCGUCACCGAUGUCACUUUCUGUUUGAUUCGUUGUGAAAUUACUAGCGCACUGCGACGUGCGAAUUACUCUUGUCCUGGUACCCGAUUCCGCCUGGGCGAGACUGUCCCCGGCAUUGAACGCUGUGAACGAAUGAUCCAGAUCAUCAGCAAUCGUGUCGAGGAGCGGUACAUCAAACACUGCGACAUGAAUAUCCCAAUGCACUGGGCGACAGCCACAGUGGGCCGUCUCAUUCUUGCAAAGCUAUGGCUGGUUGUGCAUCACCCAAUGACCCGAAAAGAUCGCGUGCUCAAUGUGUCUCAGGCCACUCGCGAGAGUUUGUUCCUGACCGCCAUCGAGGUCCUCGAGUUUGGCCGCUUGUUGGAAACCGACCCGAAAACCGCCAAAUGGGGCUGGCUGUUCCGAACUAACAUGCAAUGGCAUGGAGUCGCCUUCGUUCUCUCCGAAGUCUGCGUGCGUCCAAUCUGCCCGGUCACCGAUCGCGCGUGGAAUGCAGUUCAGGGUCUUUACUCGGAUUGGGAACGUCAAGCAACACACAAAAAGGGCAUGCUCUGGCGACCGCUAGCCGCAUUAAUGAAACGCGCGGCAUCUACUCGGGCCAAGCAACAGGAAGAACUUCUUACCAAUUUCGGUCCCAACCCUGCAGCCGCGGGCUAUAAACCUGAUCCAACCGACUUUGCAUUGACACACCACCACACGCUUCCUCAAAUACACAUGCCAAAUAAUUCACCGCUCCCGUCAUCGAUCCCUCCAUCUCAAACUCAGCAAUUGCAAGAAAAACCAGAUCUGAACAUUGAUCUAAACCAGGGGCCUUGGGAGACGUUGCAGAGCAUCUUCCCUAAUACAAACUUCCUGGCACCGGUCACUCUUGAUAAUCCUCCCAUGCAAGAGCCAGUUUCGGCAGUUAACGUGCCCACAGGGUUAUCCUCGUUUACUUCACCCGUGAACAACAAUGGAUUCACGAGUCAAGUAAAUAUUCCCGAAACUGCCACUCUCAAUUGGGAUGAAUGGGACCAGGUCAUGCGCGACUUCCAGAUGGAUGUCGAGAAUGAUGGUUCUGACCUUGGAAAGGGAACUCAUGUUACAGAAUGGUUUGCAUGA